GGCCAUUUGUCAUGAGCAUUCCAGUUAUGGCCGAUUGUUUUGACGGAGAUAAGCGAUUGCGUCUUGUGCCCCUCACAACUCCAUUGAUUGGAUAGGGAUCGGAAGUGCGGUGCCGUCAAGACAGAGACUCUCAUCACCAGAGACGUGACCGACUGAAGGAAAAGCUGCCGAAACGAAGAUCAAUGGCCGAAGUGAGGGAGGAGGCCACGGCGGGUGAAAAGGCCACGAGCAGCCUUUCCAAGUUCUUUUGGACACCGCCGUGGCUGAGAUGGAAUCCGGACAAGAAUUAUGAGAUGUCGUGGGCCAUGGCCUGUUUCUUUGGAUUUGUGGCUGCAUUCAGUGUCGCAAACCUCUAUUAUACCCAUCCCAUCCUUCACAUUUUGGCGCAAGACUUUGGUAUCACGGAUGAGCGUGCUUCGCUGGUCCCAACGCUGCUGCAAGCUGGCUAUGCCACCGGUCUGCUCUUCAUCGUCCCCAUUGGCGACAUUGUCCCUCGCCGGCCGAUGAUCAUCAGCCUGGUAUUCGUGACAUCUCUGAUUUGGCUUGGCUGUACUUUGGCCAAAAAGUUCGAAGUCUUCCUCGGUUUGUCCUACGUCGUCGGCCUCUUCACCGUCACACCGCAACUCAUGUUUCCUCUGACGGUGCGCUAUGCCCCUGCUCGACACCGACCCACCAUGACUGCCAUUGUCAUGUCUGGACUCGUCUUUGGCAUUCUGGUCGCUCGGUUGCUCUCCGGUAUUGUGGCCCAGUACAGCGACUGGCGCAACAUCUAUUGGAUGUCGUUUGGAUUGCAACUCGCAAUCGUCAUUUCCGCCUCGCUGUUCAUGCCGGAUUUCCCCGUGCUGUGGCCUGGCGCAACCUAUCCCGGCAUCCUGCUCAAGAUGGUACAGAUGCCAUUCCGGCAGCCUGUGUUGACUCAGUCAGCGCUCAUUGCUUUCCUCCUCAUGGGCAUGUUCACCUCGUUCUGGACUACCCUGACGUUUCAGCUCGCGGGUCCUCCGUUCCAUCUCUCGACUCUCGUCAUCGGACUUUUUGCGCUCGUGGGCAUGUCGCCAGUUCUCUUCAGUCCCAUCUUCUCACGUCUCGUCAUGACACGCCUCCAUUCGAGCGCCACCUUGAUCAUAGGACAUCUCAUCCUGCUCACAGCUGUCUGCAUUGGAACCUUUACCGGUACGUUCUCGUUGGCGGGACCCAUUAUCUGGGCCAGUAUCGGAGACUUUGGCAUGAACAUCGUGACUGUGUCCAACCGGAUGGCGUUUGCCAACAUAGAGCCCACUGCUCAGAACGCGGUCAACUCGGUCUACAUGGUCUUCACGUUCUGCGGCCAGCUCUUCGGAACGAGCGUGGGAAACAAGCUGUAUGCAAGUGGCGGAUGGAUCAGAAGCGGCUCUUUGUCCAUUGGCCUGGUCGGCGGAGGGCUGCUGCUUGUCCUUAUUCGAGGGCCUCACGAGAAGGGCUGGAUUGGCUGGUCAGGUGGUUGGGAGGUGAGGCUCAAGAAGCUGCGGGAGAGAGAGGCGGAAGAGGCUCAGGCGGCAUCUGACGUGACGGCACAUCCGUCCGACGAGGAGGCGGGCAUCCCGCAGGAGAGCGAGGCCAAGGAGAAGAUGUGAAGCGGCAUUUGAUGAUAUCACGAGAGAUGAAGAUAGACUGUAACGGUUAGAUUGCGUAGUUAUGCUUAGGUAAUAGGGAAUAGAAUAACAUCAUCAGUAAUGGCUGCUCUUUCCCUUUCUU